CACGCUACGCCGCCUUUAAAACUGGGUUUACGCAUAUAUUUUGUCAGUUUCUGCUCAGUACAUCGUAGACAUUAUAUUUUAAACGCGUUGGCUUGGAUUUGUUGUAUGUUUUUGUUGUUGUCAUUUUCUUUUGCAGCAUAGCCUCCGUUGAUGGCUAGCGUUUUCCGGUCACGUGACGCCAUCGUCCUAUCCCUGUGCAGUAGACCCAGACCAAAACAAGCAUGUAGUUAGCAGAAGGGAAACUCGCGCUGUGCCGGUUGUCCCCUAUUCAUGUUAGAACAAGACUCUACAGAGACAACACGAUCUGGCAGAGAUGUUUCGGUUCUUUUUCCUGGUGAUCUUAUUUCUGCCACUGGGGGGCGACACAUCACCAAUCACCUGCUACAAUGACCAGGGAGAAGCUGUUGAUUGGUUCUAUUUGUACAAGCUGCCUAAAGAACACGGCAGAAAGCAUCCUGAAGAGGAAGGCAAGAUGUAUUUACUGUUGGAGAAAGGGAGCGAAGGGUGGACGGAUGGGAAAGUGACUGUGAACGACACCACAGGAGCACUGGGAAGGACUGUUGGACAACUGUACUCACAAGGAAAGAACACAGAAGUAGCGUACAUCCUUUACAAUGACCAGAAACCGCCUGAAGACUUUGGUGACAGAUGGGAGGACAACAGUAGAAGCAGAGAGGGGCACACAAAAGGUGUUGUGUUGCUGGAUCAAAACCAGGGCUUUUGGUUAGUCCACAGCACUCCUCAUUUCCCUCCUGAGCGCCAGGAAGGGGAAUAUUACUACCCCAGCAGCGGAGUGACCAAUGGACAAAACUUCAUCUGCGUGACCUACCCACUGGACCGCUUCCAGACCAUCGGAGAGCAGCUGCAGAUCAAUCAGCCUUAUGUGUACGACUGCGAUGUCCCAGAGUCCUUGGCCUCCGUGGUGCCGGCUCUGGCUGAAGUGUGUGAGAAGAAACAUCUGCACGGCCCACACGUCAAAGCUGUGGCCAAUCGCAGUGUGACUCUGACCUCCAAGGACGGCACGGACUUCAUCAGCUUUGCCAAAGGAGCUGCUUUUGAUAAUGAUCUGUACCACUCCUGGGUGGCUCCCACCCUCCAGUCAGACCUCCUGGUCCAGUUCUGGAUUCGCUCCACCGGCAUCCUCCCCUCCGACUGCUCACUGGGCUGGAAGGUCCUGGACAUCAGGGUGAUCAGCCUGGGGCAGACCAUAACCUUCAAGGCCAGCCAGGACCACUCCAAGUGGGCAGUGAGUCCUGCCGCGCAGGGGGCCGGAGGAGGCUGGGUGUGUGUGGGAGAUAUAAACCGGAACGAGGCGGAGGAGAAGCGAGGAGGGGGCACGGUGUGUCUGCAGGACCCCACAGUGUGGAAGGCCUACCGGACUGCGGCUCAGGAGUGUGAGGGCUGUGACGGAGAAACCACUCAGUGUUGACAUUCUGCAGGAGAAUCUGGCGCCACAUAUAUCUUUGUUUGAUUACUUUUAUAUCCUGAUCACUGUAGGGGAGCGUAGAUGGACUCAUCUGAACCGCAAACCAUUCUUUAAUAAGUGGAUAUUUGUGUGUAGAAUAUUUUCAGCUCUUUCAAGCAGGAUGUUGUCAAAGAGUGGACAGGAGGAAGAAUGGUGAAUGGGGAGAAAUAGAAAGUGAGAGAGUGAAGGGGAGAGGACAAGCGAGACGAGCACGGACAGUGAGACAAAAGAGAAAAAGGAUGUAAGAGUGCGAAAGAGGACAUGUUGAGGAGACCAACAUUUUGAACUUUAACCCUUUAAUUAUAUUAACUAUUAAACCUAGUGAAAUCAGAAUAGUGGUUUCUUACACUCAUUUUAAUGCUGGAGGAGGACAAGUAGUGGAACCUGGCAGGAGGUUGAGAGGCUUGUGGUGAACAUGAUGCUCAUUAAAAGAACGUCAAAGUUCCUCCUUAAAUAAAAGCGUGGUGUGAAGUGUCCUCACAGCCGCUGGCGACCAGGAGCCAGAGAAAAGUGCUGCUUCAGUGUUUUAAUCACCAUACUAAUUAUUUUCCUAAGAGCAUGUUUUAACGUAUUAAGAAUGUCGGGUUGAUUGCACUUGAGCGUUGCACUGGAACUUUGGCCACAUGGACGCGUUGGCUGCCUGUAUUAAUCAGACGCUGACACCGUGGGGCUGAGGAAAGCUUUAAUACUUUGUGCUUCAAGCUUCUCUGCGUUUAGUGCAUUUCACAUUUGCUUUUCUGACAAAUGCUGAAACCAUUUCCUCAGUUUUUAGAGCUUUAUAGCCACAUGAUCACACAUGUUAAUGCUGACUUUGCUUUUCUUGGAGAUGCUGGCUGUCUUUACUUUGAGUAAAAACUAGAAAUGUCUCUGA